AUGGUGCCUGCAAUGGAAAGGUCACGCAAAGCGGCCCUGAGGACUAGCAUCACGUUGACUUCCACCUCCAGCUCCUCCACGAGCACCACAACGCCUUCAAUUCAAUGUCGGCUCUUCUUCGGUGGAGUACCCGUGCGUGCUGCCAACGCAUCCUUUGCAGAGGCUGUGCCGGGCUUCCCCGUCGUGCCAGCCGCGGCUGCGGCCACGGCCGUCUGCCAAGCUGGCCAGACGGGUGACACGUGCAUUGCCCAAAGCUCGACAAGCCCGACGGGGCAUGGCAAUGGUGGCAAUGGCCAAUGUGACGAGCGAGGCGACGCUGAGGAGCUCCUCUGCCCAGUAGAGGUGGAGGUGAUCCCUGGCCAGCCACAGCCCGCCUGCAGGGUGUGUGCCACGAUCGCUUCGCAGGAUUGGGGAAGCACUGGCUAUCAGAUGGAUCAAGGCGAAAUUCGCUGGGCCCCCAACUCCUCCGACUCCUCCUGCGGGGCGCUGGACGAUUCCCUCAUCGACAGCUACGAGGUCUGGAUCGUAGACUCCUGCGGGCAGAAGCUCGAGCUGGUGGGGGCCCUUCGCCCUCGGAUCCAGGUGUGGACAGCCGAGAUGCUCGAAUGUUGCCAUCCUUCGUGGUAUGCCCUCCCACUGAGUGGCCUCGUCCUGCCACCGGUGUCUGUUGGUUUCCUCAUCGUGCCCUUCCAGGGAAAUGUGAGCUUCCCGGGAGCGAUGCUUCCCGUUUACCACCGUGUGCAGACCAGCACGACAUCCUCCGCUUCGUCAACCUCCACUACUUCAAGCUCGAGUUCUUCAACCUCGAGUACUACAACUUCCAGUACUUCUACUUCUUCCACUUCCAGCAGCACGACGUUGAGCACCACAUCUUCCGUAUCCGUUACAUCCACGACCUCGGCUACGACGACCACGUCCUUGACGGUGACCUCCAUAACAUCCGUGACCAGGACCUUCACGACGAGGACCUUCACCUACACGAUUAUUCCUGGAGACUGCCCGUUGCCAUUGACGGAUGUCACCCAGAACGCGCUGGACUGCCUCUCCAAAACACCUGGUGAGACCUGUGAAGUGGUUUGUGCCGAAGGCUUCGACGCAAACGCCACGACCCUUUUGUGCAGCGAGACCGAAGUCUUCGAAGGUCCACUCCCCACGUGCACGAGACCCUGCGUCGCAGGCUUGCCUGGCGGCCUAGGCAUUCUGAGCAGCGACUGCGAAGGCAAGGUGAACGGCCAGAGCUGCGAGGUCUCCUGUGACGUUGGCUUCGCCGGUGCGCCCGUGGAGUACUUCUGCAAUCCGACCGGCUUCUUUGAGGGGCCCGGACUGGAAUGCGCGGUGCCGACCUGCACAGAGGAGGGUCUACCCAGCGGCCUCGACACGAGCGACUGCGCGAACACGGAACUGUUCAGGUUCUGUUUCGUGCGCUGCCCUGCUGGUUAUGUCUUUAACGAAGCGGUCUUCCUCUGUCAGUCUUCCGGCAUCUUCUUGGGCACGGCUCCCGAAUGCCAACGGCUGAGCUGCAGUUCCAACCUGCUGCCGCAGCAGGUGGGCCUGAACAUCUCUGACUGCCUUGGAACCUUCGCCGGAAGCUCCUGUCUGGUCUCCUGCGAACUUGGCUACGAAGGCAUCUCUUCGAUCUUUUCCUGUGACCUAGACGGGACCUUCAACGGGCUGGCACCGUCCUGCGCGCGGAAAGUUUGUCCCAUCCCUUCCCGAUUGGUCGCCUCCGAGCUCUCCACUGACUGCGCGGGCGUACAACAUCUCGACCGCUGCAUUGGUCGAUGCAUGCCGGGCUACACCGGUUCGCCCACUGAGCUGCGCUGCUUUGACGGCCAACUGACUGGGCCAAGCCCGCGAUGCCUCCCGAACACCUGCUCCUUGUUCGGUUUCAGCCUCGGCAGCGGCGUGAAUGUGACAGACUGCGUUGGCGCAAGGACUUCGCAGAACUGCAGCCUGGACUGCGAGCGUGGCUACUUCCCUGUGGGCGUUCCGGCGAUGAGCUGCCAGAGUGACGGAAGCUUCCUGAGAGGCAACUUCUCCUGCCUUCCGACGCCCUGUGGCGGCAUCUCCAAGGUCUCUCCCUUCGACGAAGCCCGGUUCGGGGACUCCUGCAUCAGCCAGAGCUUCGGCGACUUCUGCAGCGUCUUUUGCGAGACCGGCUGGACCAUUUUGGGCAAUGCCACGUUGAUGAUCUGCGACGCUGGACCCAACAGCAGUGCCGGGUACACGGAGUCCUUGAGUCUGAUGCCCGCAGAGACAUCCCAGGGGCCAACGUGUAUCAGCAACCCCUGCAGGAUUGGCCUGCCUAACAUCUUGGGCGUCCAACACGAUUGCCUGGGCAAGACGACCUUGCAGACCUGCACAGUGAACGCCUCGUUUGGCUUUACCAUGGAGGGGCCAAGCUCUGCAGUGCUGCAGUGUCACAUCGACGGCCAAUUUGUGGGGACGGUUCCCGAGGUGAAGACGGCGCAGUGCCCUUCGCCGAACUUCGACGCUAGCGUUGGAAGCACCUGCGAGAACAAGUCGAUCGGAGCCGAGUGCUGGGCUUUCUGCAAGUCGGGCUUUACUGGGGACCCGCAGCCCUAUCUCUGCGUAGCGGACGAGGCUGCCAACCUCCUCGAGGUGCGGCCGGCGGCGGCGGGGACUUCCAUCGCUUGCCAGGGCCAGAACUCCUCGAGGCGCCUCCAAGCCGCGGCGGCGGGAGCGGUGGUCGGAGGAGAACCGCCGCCGCGGGAGCUCCUCGCAGCUUGCAACCAGCCAGCCGUGGAUGGCUUUGGACUGGCGCUGCCCCAGUACGAGCACAGCUGCGCUUCUCUGCUUCACGAGGAGCUCUGCAUCGCCCACUGCAGUUUGGGUUGGGAAAUGACCGGAUCGGCGACGCUUCUUGUUUGCGACAACGGAGCCCUGAGCGGCGGCGUCCUGCCAGCUUGCGCAGCACAGCAGUGCUCCUACAACGUCCCAAGUGCGGUCGGAUUGCGGCACAACUGCAGCAAUGUCACGACGGGCGAAAUCUGCACGGCAAGUUGCACAGAGGAGGGCUUCGAGCACUCCUCCGGCGGACCAGAGCUGUUCGAGUGUAUGCCGAGCGGCGCAUUCAGUGGAACCCUUCCACCGUGCCAGCGGCGCAGCUGUUUGGACUUGGUGCUGGAUGACAGCAAGUUUGCGCACAACUGCCGUGACAUGGUGUUCCUGGACACCUGCGGCGUAACCUGUGCCAGGGGCUGGAACCUGGUGGGCUGGGCCUCGCAGUUCGAGUGUGGCAGUGAAGGAGACAUCACCGGUGUGCCUCCUACCUGCGUUGGCAAUCCAUGCGUGAACAAUCUUCCCGUGGACCAGGCUUUCUCUGGCGAGGACUGCUCUGGAUUAACGACCGGGAUGACCUGCGCCGUUACCUGCAAGCCCGGAAGCACCGAGAACUCGGCUGUCCUCACCUGUGGCAUCGGUGGCUCCUUGGUGGGAGAGUUGCCGGUCUGCCUGCCUGCGACGUGUGCCACGAGCCCAACACUACAGGACCCCUCCGUGGCGCACGACUGUGAAGACGUGGCAUUCGGACAAGGUUGCAGCGUGUACUGUGCAGAUGGGUAUCAGCUGGCCUCUGGGCAGACAGGCGAGAUGUGGCAGUGCCUCCUCGACGGCAGCAGAGUGAGCCUCUCUGGAGUAUUACCCGUUUGUGAGGCUGUGACAUGCCCUGGCUUGACCCCCAGCAAUGCCUUCACCGACAACUGCAGCAAUCUCCCAGCUGGCGAGUUCUGUGAGCGAGGCUGUGCAAGAGGCUUCCGCCCAGCCGGAAGCGGAAGCGUGGAGCGGUACAACUGCAGUCUGGACGGCGGCCUCAACAGCGAUGGAGCGGAAAUACGUUGCCAGCCUGUUUCCUGCAGCACGGACUUCGAGAUCCCGCACGUCGUCCACACCUGUGCCGGCGUCUUGGCCGGGCAGAGCUGCUUCGCCUACUGCUCUCCGGGCUACGGCGUACCGCUCCCGGAGGUGGCCUUGCCUUGGCAGGGCUUCGCACGGCUCUGGCAGGUGCUACCAUGGAACUGCUCGGCAGACGACUCGCCAGUGGUGAGAGAUGCGCCGUUGAUUGACGGCUACGGCUUGCGUGGCAGGGUGCCGGAAUGCGUUCCUCAGAUCUGUGCCUACAACAUCCCCUUUGGACCUCAAUUCUCACACGACUGCCAAGGCAUUGUGACGGAUCAGAGCUGCAACGUGAGCUGCGCAGCUGGCUUCGCUGGGCCCAGUGUCACAUGGAGCUGCGGCACCGACGGAGUGCUGAACGGCACAUACCCGACCUGCUCGCAGCUCCCUGCCACCCGGACUUCCACGACCAUGAGCACAGCGAGCACAGUCACGGGCAGCAGCUCCAGCACCUCCAGCGUCGCUGACUUGCUGGUGCAGAUUCUUGGGGAGCUGGACUUGGUCUCUUCGCCUGCCUUCCUCGACGACUCGAAAGUGCCGGAAGGCCUGGACACGGGCCUCAGAGAGCUUCUGGGCACCCCCGAAGCCGAGGUGCAGGUGACGCUGGAGCAGAAUGCCACCCAGGACAGCGUGGUGCAUGUGGCCUUCGUGGCGGACGCGAGGUUCUACAGCUCACAGGAAGUGGAGAACUUCUUUGCGAGGGCAGGGCGGCUUUCGGAGAUGACGGAGUUGGAGGUGAGGGCUCUGCUGAACCGGAAUCUCCUCGAGGCGGGCGCCGGAGUGGAGAUCCUGAGCCUCCGCGGGAUGUGGCUGCGACCUUCCACGAAGGCCGGCGCGACCAGCAAUGGAGACAUCGUCGUCCUGGUGGAGGGCCCGGAGGCAGAAGCACCUCCGGACAACUCCAUCGGGGUGGCAUGGUUGCUGGUUGCUGCAAGCUUUGCCAUUGCACUGCUUUCCGGCGUGCUGGCGUGCUUCUACUUCAAGACCGCUGGGCGCAGUCAGGAGCCAACAGCGGGAGAGGUGGACUUUGAACAGCCGGAGCUCACUGGAGCUACCGCGCAAGGGCCGAUACUGCCGACAGCCGGCAAAGCUGCGAAGGGUGCGAAGGGUGCGAAGGGCGGCAAGGGGGCCGAGGAGACUUUGGCGGUCAUCGUGGAUUCCUGCGAGGACACGGAACUGGCGGAACUGGAGCUCAAGGAGGCCCUCGACGCGCUCGAUGAGCUGGGUAUUGACUUCGUGGAGGAUGAAGAGCAGUCGGAGCAGUCUGAGAGACUUCGUGAAGCACUUGCAGCCGCUGGCAUUGAAGUCCUGGAGGACGACGACCAGUCUGCCGGCAUUGAGUUCAAGGACUCGGAGUUGGCUAUCGAGGACGCCCUUGCCGCAGCCGGCAUCGAACUCCAGGAGGAUGAGGACUCGGUUGUCGCACGUGAGCGUGAGCCUGCUCGGGAUGAAAAGCUGGACGAGGAUGACGACAUCUUGAUGGUCUGA